UACUGUCCCCUCCCAGCGGGUCUCCCUCCCUUUGCUACUGCAGUGAAAGCCUCGGUUACAGGAGAGAGAGAGACGGAGAAGAGAGCCUGAAGCUGGGUAUAAAGCCAGGACGAGACCUCAAAAGAGUACCACAACCAUAUUUUGUUUUGUAUUUCUCGCCACAGCUCGGCGACCUACCGACUCCCUCCCCCCUCCCCUGUUUGUACCUCUUUUCCGCUCACAUCGCCUGGAUUUCAUCAUCCGACCUGCAAGAUGGGAAAUGAAGCCAGUUUCCCCAUGGAGAUGUGCACACAUUUCGAUGCUGAUGAGAUUAAGAGGCUUGGGAAGAGGUUUAAGAAACUCGACCUAGAUAACUCCGGCUCGCUCAGCGUGGAGGAGUUCAUGUCGCUGCCCGAGCUGCAACAGAACCCGCUGGUGCAGAGGGUCAUCGACAUAUUCGACACUGACGGCAACGGAGAGGUGGACUUUAAAGAGUUCAUCGAGGGAGUCUCACAGUUCAGCGUCAAGGGGGACAAAGAGCAGAAACUCCGGUUCGCUUUCAGGAUCUACGACAUGGACAAGGACGGCUACAUCUCCAACGGCGAGCUCUUCCAGGUGCUGAAGAUGAUGGUGGGCAACAACCUGAAGGACACGCAGCUCCAGCAGAUCGUGGACAAAACCAUCAUCAACGCAGACAGGGACGGAGACGGCAGGAUAUCCUUUGAAGAGUUCUGUGCAGUGGUCGGGGGUCUCGAUAUACACAAAAAGAUGGUGGUGGACGUGUGAGCGCUCCUCUGCUCGCCGACUUCCCCCGCCCCUUCUUCCUCGACUCUCGCUUUCUCCACCAUCUCUGAAGAUCUGCUCAACACAUCCGGCAAAGCGCUCUCUGUGUAACUCAAUGGAAGUAUUCUCUCUCUCUCUCUCUCUCUCUCUCUCUCUCUCUCUCUCUCUCUCUCUCUCUCUCUCUCUCUCUCUCUCUCUCUCUCUCUCUGUGUGAAGCCACUUUUUCUUUCAAAAACCACAGGCCUUGUGAAGCAAACGUUGAAGUGUUAUUGAACUGUAAAUCCUCUCAAUAACCCGGUCGUAGCACUUUAAGAGACUGAAGGACAUCUUUUUGUCAUUCGCAAGAGCAACUCUGAUUCUGGAUGAGGGGGGAGAAAGUGGGUAAAGGGGGCGCAGCGAAGAGGCCGCUCGGCUUGUUCAUAUUUCAUCCGUUUUUUUAAAUAUUUAUUUUUUGUUCUUGUCUUUUAUAAAGAAGAAAAAAUACAAGUAUAUCUAUGGUUGUCUCUUGAGGGGAAGUGUAUAGCAUAUUAUUAACACUCGACUUACAGUACAACUAGACAGUAGGGUAUGAAGUGCCAACCACAACAUAUCCAGAAAACAGUCCCAGUUAUUACCCAUCAUCUCCGCUGUCGUUCAUGCCCAACUUGUUACACUUCCAGCUGCACCUCCCCGACUCAUUACACGCUAAACUCUUUUGAUUUUCUGUUUUAUUUUACGUGCGAGCAGUUUGGAUUAGACCAGCGAAGCAAUCCAUGUUUUUCUUUUUGGUGAUAAGCUAAGUUUUAAAUCAUACUUAAGAAUGUGUUUAUAUUGUCGGAGAGUAUCCUCGUUCAUCAAAUCAUAGGUAGAUAUAUUAAUGCCAAGAAAAUGUCUUUCCAAAAAUAAUUUGCGGCUGCAAACGGAUACGUGGUUUACUCUCGGUACUCUCGAUGAAGCAUUUUUGCAUUUAUCAGUGUGCAUCCGUGAGACGAUCUCCAAAGCUCUGCACUCACACGGACAACUGAGCAGUUAACAACAGAGGCUGGACGGACUAAGACCUGGGAGUUUGUGCGAGUACAUGGCAGUCUAAGAGACUUAUCUGCAGGCAGCGUUUUUUAACCAAUAUGUGUAUAUUAUAUAUUCAAUAUGCGCUCAUCUCUAACAGCAACAGAAGACUUUGCUCUUCUGAAGACUCAGCUUUCUCAGUGCAGCGCAGGACGGGUCAGUUUUCUUUAACGCAACACAAACACUUAAAAUAUUAACAUGUUGGCAUCAUCAGUGUGCAAAGGGAUAGACUGUGUACAGUGCAAAAGAUGGCUUCCUCCCCCCCCCCCCCCCAACUUCUUUUUUUCUGUCAGUCAGCUCAUUUUCUCCCCUCCCACCACUAAGACAAAAAGGGAGGAAAAACGUAUUCAACCAAAUUUUAAUUUCUACGGAAAGAAUGCUUCCUUCUUUGAAUGGCUUAGCUUUAGUUAUGCUUUGGAGGCCGGCUGCAGGUUUGAUCAUGGGGGGCUCUGUUGUCCCUCAUCCCAACGCUCUGCACGGCCGACGCCUCCCUGUGCUUGCAUGACAUGGAAAUAUAUUUUUUGUUGUGCACGUAGAACCAUUUUUUGAAAUAAUCCUCUUGUUUACACAUGGAUGGUGGUGUUAAUAUAUUUAAGAAUUUAAUGGUAUACAAUAUGGAUGUUGCCAAACUUUGGUAAAUGUACACAUAUUAUGAGAGGUAAUCCAAAUGAACUGAACUACAUGUAACUUUUUGUAUUUAACCGGGUCAGCGAGAUGCUUCUAUUCCAGUAAAAGUUGCAGAUCUGAUCCCGUCUCAAACUGCCACACACUGUACUCAGCUUAAAAGGGGACAUUUUUACGUUUGUUUCUUUUGUAUAUAAGUAUUUGUUAAAUGCAGUUCUGGCUCUGUUCUCUUUAUAGUUCAGACCGCGCUUUAGGUUGUAAGUGGGUUAUUUUUAGUUUGUGUGGGGAUAUCUGAAAAGAUUUAAGUUUGAGAACCUUUGUUGUUCCUUUUUCUGCAUGCUGCAUCUUAUGCUGUGGGACUGUUGGAAACUUGAUACUGUAUGAAAAAUAAAUACAUUCAAAUAAAUGUU